CAAUAUGCUACUUGUCAUUUUAAUGAGCAUCUUGGUUAAAUGAUCUUAUUUUUCAACCUACAACAAUCACAAUUACACGUAAGGUUGUUGAGGUCACGGAUCUGGCUUGAACUUUCGGCCUAAACCCAGAUAUAAGUGCUGAUUAUGUUUUUAGGUUAUUGCAUAGGAAUGUUACUGGAGCAGAUUCUUUGAGGAAUGCUGUGGGUAAAUAGAGAGGCCCCCCUGCAUUUGCCACCGGAUUUGCAAGCUUGAGUUUAGUACCCAUCUGCGAGGAUGAGGGUAGCAGCUAGUUCCAGUUGUUUCUCCACAAUUCUAAGGUUCUGGACGGUCAAUCUUUUGUUUCUGUUGAAAUUGGACGUAGCUACUGUUAACGCCUACAAUGGUAAAUGGAGAGUUUUGACGGCAAAUGCUGGGAUAGCAUCUAUGCACACUGCGGUGAAUUUCUACGACUCUGUCAUCUUUCUAGAUAGAACCAACAUUGGAUUGUCCGAGAUUAACUUCACGAACGGGUAUUGCCGCAACAACCCGCAGGAUCGUGUGCUGAAACACGAUUGCAGUGCGCACUCGGUAAUGCUGGACCCAGUAUCUGGGAAAGUGCGACCGCUUACCAUCAUCACGGACACAUGGUGCUCUUCAGGACAGUUCUUCGCAAAUGGCACGCUUGUGCAGACAGGCGGCGACUUUGAUGGGAUGCGCAAGGUUCGUCUCCUGGACCCGUGUGGACCAGAUGGAGGAUGCGAUUGGAUGGAGUCGGAUACCGAGAAUCUCAAAGACAAGCGAUGGUAUUCUACUAACCAACUGCUCCCCGACGGACGCCAGAUUGUUGUUGGAGGCAUCGAGUCAUACUCGUACGAGUUCGUUCCGAAAAGGAAGUCCCGUGAAGGAUCAUAUGAGCUGAACUUCUUGAAUGAGACCAAGGAUGCGCAGAAUGACAACUUGUACCCUUUCGUGCACUUGUUGCCCGACGGAAACCUGUUCAUCUUCGCCAAUCGAGACGCCAUCCUAUUAGAUUACCGGCGUCACAAGGUUCUGAGGAAGUAUCCGACCAUUCCGGGUGAGCCAAGGAACUAUCCCUCCGCUGGGUCAUCAGUGAUGUUACCUUUGCGACAUGACGAUGAUUUUACGGUUGCAGAGGUGCUAGUUUGUGGAGGUGCACACAAUGGGGCGAAUAGUAAGUCCAAGGGCAGGGACUCUCCAGCGUCUGAAACAUGCGGUCGGAUUGUUGCAACAAGCUCCGAUGAUCCGCAGUGGGUCAUGGAGACAAUGCCCAUCCGGCGCGUCAUGGGUGACAUGGUCAUCCUUCCUACUGCCGACGUGCUUAUCAUAAACGGCGCUCAAAAUGGAUCUCAAGGCUGGAACAAAGCCACUAACCCUGCCUACUCGCCGGUUACAUACUCACCCGACAAUGCCAAAGCAAGGUUUCAUGUUCUGAAAGCCACAACCAUUGCCAGAAUGUAUCAUUCCACUGCCAAUCUCCUCUCCGACGGGCGCAUUAUCGUUGCAGGGAGCAACACGCACCAGUAUUACACAUUCUCCGGUGACUUCCCCACGGAACUUCGAGUUGAAGCCUUCGAUCCCCCUUAUCUAGAUCCGAGCUACGAGGACAUCCGGCCUUCGAUCUUCAACCUCACCACAAAGAGGAUCAGAUACUCGUUGACCUUCACGGCGGUGUUCACAGUGGUCAAUCGCACGGGUGAUUUCGAACUCAACUUGCUUAGUUCGCCGUUCACAACGCACUCCUUCUCACAGGGACAGCGGAUGCUGAAGCUAAAUAUUACGGAGCCGGUUGAAUUAGGGAGGAGGGGGAUGUAUCAGACCACAGUCACGGCACCGCCGAAUUCAAUUGUGGCACCGGAGAGCCACUAUCUUCUAUGGCCAAUCCAGAGAAAGGUGGCUGGGAAAGGCGUGUGGGUUCAGAUACACAAGUUCCUACCGCAUGCAGAUAUUGCACACAAUGCUUUGAACUUCGCUGCAGCAUUUCGCAACGAGAUUAACGACAAUGUCUGCACCCCGAGGAAACUGGGAUCUCUCUACAUGAACACAUACAGUGAAGACAUCUACCACUUCGGCAACACUCUGGCAACUCCCACCUUGAGCACACCCUACAGUUUGCUGUCAGCUGACUUUACAUCCGAGGCUGGUUAUAGAGGGGAAAUUACAGAGUCAGGUCCCGGUCCGCGCAUCCCUAGAGAUUUGUUCGAACGGGAGAUCGGGCAGUUGAUGCGCUUAUCUGCACCAGAUGAUCACAGGUGCGGCAAUCAUCAACAAUGUCAUGCUGAGGAUGCAUCGUAUACCUUCACGAUUCUGAAAAUGAUCCAGCUCUACAUGGUUUCAACCGAUAGCCCUCCCUGUGGAUCGAGCACUCUGCAUGUGGAGGCGGUGGAGGGCGUGAUGCAGAGAGUAAUUUGA